GAAAAACAUGCGGAAGUUAGCGACAUUACGAAACCGAAGCCAACGCGACUUAUUGUAUUGCUGCGCGUUUGCUUAUUUCAGCACGCCUGUGCCACGUCUGUUAAAGAAACAAAACAAAAACGCAUAUUUGUGCUUUGAAUAAAAGAACCAAACUGACGGCUAAAGUUGUUAAAAUUGUCUUUUCAGUCCGCUUGUUGGCGAGCUGCGGCGGUUGCUAAGCGGGGAGCUAAUGUGUUGGUGUUAAAAAUGCGUAAAGUGAAACUACUGAGAGCCUUGAUGGAGCAGCGACUAAAUGCUGUCGUGGAAGAAAUAUUUGGACUUUUUGAAAGAACCAUCGCCGAGUACGAGGAGGAACUUUCCAGGACAAAAGAGGAGAAAGAACGACAAGAACUACCGGACGCGGUUCUCCAACCUCCGGUUCGGUUACACAGAGCAGGCAUUCAUCAGGUGUUGGUGGAGAGUGAAGACAAGAUUGCUUACGAGCAGCAGGAGUGGAUCUCCGGUGUUUGGCAGGGUGAGCCACAGCUCCCCUUCAUUAAAAAGGAAGAGGAGGAACCGUGGGAUCAGCUCCAAGGGCUGGAGGAGGCUGACAUCACCAAGUUGACUAGCCGCCCUUUGGAGACUAAAGAUGAAGACAGAGCUCAGUCCUCACAGCUUCAUCACAGUCAAAGUGAGGAGAACAGAGGGUCGAAGCCUCUAACACAACACAUGACAGCAGAAGACGGAGACAACCCAACGUCACUCUGUUCUGAGAUUGAUCUCAGUGAUGAGGACAAACCUGUAGAGAGUAAUAGGGACUCGAAAGGUGAUAUGGGACGUCCCGCUGACAAGAAACACUUUGACUGCUCGGAAUGUGGGAAAACAUUUGACCAAAAGGGAAAUUUGACAAUGCACAUGAGAAUACACACUGGAGAGAAACCCUUUGCUUGCUCCGUUUGCGCUAAAAGAUUCUCCGUGAAGGCUAACUUGAAAAGGCACAUGCUCGUACACACGGGGGAGAGACCCUUUUCUUGUUCAUUAUGCGCUAAAAGAUUCCGAGAUAAGUACGACAUGACCGUACACAUGAGGAAACACGCCGGAGGCGCUUUGACGUCCGGCUGCUCGAGUCUUCACAUGACAACAGAGGAUGACGGAGGGCACUGUGGAGGACCACAAGCGGACGGCAACUUUGCUCCGCUGUUGGGUUUGUACGAAAUGAUGUCACAAUCUUCCGAUACCGAUCACAGCGACGACGCCCGAGACCCUUUGGACCCUAAAGCUGACACGAGACAUCACAUCGACAACAAAAACUACGACUGCCCCGAAUGUGGGAAAAAGUUUUCCCAGAGGGGAAGUUUGACAGUGCACAUGAGAAUACACAGCGGUGAGAAACCUUUUACCUGCUCGGUUUGUUUGAAAAGUUUCUCGAGAAAAGAGAAUAUGAUAAUACACGCCAGAUUGCACAUGGAAGAGGAUAAAUAUCCCUGCUCGCUUUGUCCUAAAAGAUUCACUUGCAGACGGUCUGUGGAGACGCACAUGAGGAUACACACCGGGGAAAAACCGUUCAGUUGCAAAGUGUGCGAUAAAAGGUUCAUGUAUAAGUUUCAGGUCACCAGACAUAAGUGUGUAACAUAAGACAUUUUGACUUUUUACAGUAUCCAAACUGUAAUUUUGAUCACACAGAGUAUUUUAGUGGUGUUUCUCACUAAGUGUUGUGUAGUUUUUCGAGCUAAUAUAGUAAUGGUUUGUUAAUGUUCUCAUUAAUAUUUCUGCAUUUCAUUUGGAUUUUUAUUGAAAUGAGAUAAUUCAGGUUGAAGGUUCUGUGUGGAAAUAGUAUUAUUGUCACAACUGAACUGUGAGAUUGUAAGAUGAACUGUAAGAUUACUAUUCAAGUUAAAGUACCACUGAUAGUCACACACACUAGGUGUAGUGAAACUACUCUGCAUUUGAUCUGUCCCCUUUUUCCACCCCCUGGGAGGUGAGGGGAGCAGUGAGCAGCAGCAAUGGCAGCGCUUGGGAAUCAUUUUGGUGAUUUAACCCUCAAUUCCAACCCUUGAGUGUCAAGCAGGGAGGUAAUAGGUCCCAUUUUUAUAGUCAAUGGUAUGACUUAGCUGGAUUUUGAAAUCACGACCUACCAAUCUCAGGGCGGAGACUGUAACCAUAAAGCCACUGAGCAGGUCUAUUCUUUGUGUUUAAUCACGUGAACAAAGUGGUGGGCCACCAAACCGAAAUGGCUACUGUGACAGUUUCUUGCUGUCGUCGUGCGGGUUCAAUGGACCACCCAGGAAGGACAUCUUUUUAGCAGGUUUGACUCUGGUUUGUUUUUCAAUAAACAAGCUUUAGUGUAGGUCGGAUCGCUUUUCAGCUGCUCCUUUCCACUGAUCACUCACGGUCCGCUCUUUCAUCCGCCGUCGUCGUCGUCCUCUUCAAUGGCUCGCUCUCUGUCGCGCUCUUGUUCUUCAUCUGCUCCUGCAGGCUCUCCAACACCUUCCUCUCGAUCUCUCCUCCUUCUCCCCUUUUAUACAUCAUCAGGAGAAAUGUUAAUAGUUUCUCGGUGUGUGAGCUACGCACCUGAAUUUAAGAAUGCGGCGGCGUCGCUCCCGGCACGCCCGCCUCUCCUCUCCGCCGCCUCCUUGCCGCCAUCUUGGGCAGGGCUGCAGCGUGCCCUGCCCCGGCGUCGGACCGUUUGCUGCGCUUCUCCACAGCUACAUUACAGCAAACUAUCUUGAGUAUGCAAGAUGCCGAGAUCUUAACUGCUAAAAGUGGAUAUGGGAAAAAAAGAUUUGUCUCGUGAUCUCAAGGAUUAUCCACCUACUCAGUGGCCUUGGUGUUAGAGUGUCCACCCUGUGAUCGGUAGGUUGUGAGUUCAAACCCCAGCAGAGUCAUACCAAAGACUAUAAAAUGGGACCCAUUAGCCCCCCUGCUGGGCACUCAUUAUCAAGGGUUGGAAUUGGGGGUUAAAUCACCAAAAAUGAUUCCCAGGCGUGGCCGCCGGUGCUGCUCACUGCUCCCCUCACCUCCCAGGGGGUGAUCAAGGGUGAUGGGUCAAAUGCAGAGAAUAAUUUCGCCACACCUAGUGUGUGUGUGACAAUCAUUGGUACUUUAACUUUUAACUUCAUUAUCCAUUGGUCGCGUUCCCAGACAUGUCAAAAUAUCUUUUGCUCCAGACGUCCCCUGACACAGGAAAACAGAUAAAAACUUGAAAAAGCACGUAGGCCUACAACAACUUUGUGUCUGGCAGAGUAAAAGUAAUUGGUAUUUUGCUUAAUUUUCAUGGUUUACCUUUUGGUAUUGUGAGGACGCCUCCUUGUAAACAAACUGCGAGUAGCUCUCUAGAGCCUUGAUUCACUAUUUUAUUUUUCCAUAUGUCAACUGCUCAUAAAGAUAAUCGGAGACACCACUGAAUACCUGGCAGGUUGUGAAAGAAGACGGAGAGGCGAUAGCAGCUCACUGUCACUGCUAAGUCUCGGCCAUGUCGCCUUGAUGAGUGUUUUUCUCUGUCUUUAUCAAAAUAUAAGUAUAGAACUCAG